AGCUUAUAAAAUUACUUAAAACAUUAAUAUUCAGCGUUAUAUAGUUAUAUGUGUUAUGCAAUCAGAUAAACAGCUGCUGAAGAGCUUUUUAGUGCCGUUAUCAACUAGAGAUGAAAACGACUACGUGAUAGUAUCAGGGACGGACUGUGAAAGAGAACCUGAGUUUAUACCAGAUGGUCCAAAGAACGCCCUGCAUCAUAUCUUGCAAGUGAGGGGACACAGACUGCCUGAAUAUUCAUCAGUCAGGGAUGGAGAGUCAAACUGGACAGCAACUGCUAUUCUACACAUUUCUAGACAUAAAACUAUAUCUGUUAAGGGAGAAAUGCACCCUAAAAAGAAGGUGGCAGAAUCAAAUGCAGCACAAAUGAUGCUCGAUAGUGACGAUUUUAAGGAGUACCUCAAACAUCUGGACAAACAGUGAACUGUACAAAAAGUAGUUUAUAUUUCAGAUGUUGAGUAUAGACAAUUGCUGAUUUAAUGACUGUUUCAAGAAUAUGAGAAUUUUGUGAUUAUUGUAAUGAAAACAGUUAAGGUGUAAAUUGUUAAGUGACAAAAUAUAGGGCUGUUUUGAUGCUAUGUAUAUAGUUUUAUAAGCUUUGUUGAAUGAUUGCUAAGUAUGGAACAA